AGUAAAUGUCCAAUUUAGAAACGAUACGUUUACAAAACAUAUUGCCAAAUGGAAAAAGUACUCAUGAGAGUACAUCUAUUGUAAAAGAAUAUCAAGGAAACGAUCAUACCUGCACCAAGACAAGUCACCUGGUUGAUAAUCAUGUAAGCAAACACCCUUUAGCUCACGAGAGCAGAACGCGCCGAGUAUGAGCUAUUGUAUACACUUACCGUGCAUCGUCCGUCCUUCAUCACGCAGUCGUCGGUCGCCAUCAACAUUUUCUUCAGUCGUGUCUGUUUCAGACGGAGGAAGCUGAGAAUACUAAACUUUGGUGAUGUUCUUUGGGUGUUUCCUUUUCACUGUUGUUCAAAACGGCUGUGCUUGGGUGGUUACACAUGGGGCCACCAGGGGUAAAAAUAGAAACAUUACUUUUCCCUAUAUGUAUGUAAAGAAAACAUUAAAACCUUCUUGUCUUGUCAGAAACUGAUGGCGCAAUUUUAAAAUAAUUUCAAACAAAUGAACCUUGGAUGACUCAUUUGUCACAUAACAUGAACGUCAGAGGGCGGUGGUCAAUUUCGUUAUAUGUAUAUAGGUGAAACAGACAAAACGUUUUUUUCUUUUUGCCAGAAACGUCUGGUUUGGUUUUAAAAUAUUGACUUUACAAAAAAUGUUCCUAAGGUGACCUUUUACUGAGAUUUUUGACAUUAUUCUGAUUCAAGGAACAUGGCCACAAGAGCUAAAAUAGAAACAUCUCCACAAAUAAUAUCGCUUACGUAAGUGUUGGUCCAAUGCACAUUUGCCACCUUAUAUUGAAUGAAUUAAUUUAAAUAAUUUCCCGUUUCGAAAGGUUAACAUAGUCGUUGCUGUAGGUAUCAUCAAAUGCAAAGUCAUCAUCAUCAUCAUCAUCAUCAUCAUCAUCAUCACUGCUUAUUCUAUAUCGUAAACAAGCAUGAUAAAUAAACAUUGUAAAUAGAUCACCAUCAUCAUCAUAAUCAUCAUCCGGUUAACAUCAUAAUCAUCAUCCGGAUAACGCCAUAAUAAUGAAAGGCAACCAUUAGCAAAUAACAAGAACAUUUCUUGUGGUAACAAUAGCAAUAAUGAAAUGAUAAUCUUCAACAUCAUCAUCAAAAUUUUCAUCUCGGACAUUAUUUUAAUAAUCGUCUUGACCAUCGGUCGCCUCCAAAAGCAUUAUCCUUUUCUGUACAUAAAGCCAGUAUGGCACCAGCAACGGCAGUAACAUGGCCAUAUUAGACAGCAUGAAUUAUCACCAACUCAUUUGCAAUAUUCAGCUGAAAGUAGCAACAGCCAUAGAAACGGUCAUUUCUCUCACUUUCGAAAAUUAUCUGUCAAACGUUCUAUCAUUUGUGGAUUUUAGCGUGAUUGUAUUUGUAAUAGAGUGUUUAUUUACAACACUGGUAGCGAUACAAAUAAAAUGUUCUUGAUUUGUUGUCCAGACAGCUUGACAGUAUCUUUGCCUUAGAAUUAGGCAAAUGUAAAAUCAGGAACAGUACUUUUGUCGAAAGGCGAAUCAAAAUCUAACGUGGAUGGACCUUUUUAUAUGUUCUUUCUAUCUAUUCUAUAUGAAAAAUUCCAUGCACGUUUCCAUUAAGACAAAGAUAUUUGACGUCACGUCGACACAUUAUCUGGCGCCAUACGAGCGGAGAGAAAGAUUGCCAUCCCGUUUGUUAUACUACUUUGUAUAAAAGAUGUUUCAGAAUCGAAAUGUAAUAACAGAUCAAUGUUACUCUGAACUCACACACCCUGUAUCAACUAUUAGACGCAUAGUACAGCUCAUUAAACAUCAAUUAUUCUACUUGUUUACAUAAAAUACAUUUAAGAAAUAAUAUAUAGCAGGACCAUGUUUUAACAUAUCUAAACAAUAACGUAUAGUUCUGAUAAUCGCUAAUACUUCAUUCAAUAAUUUUGAUUUACAGUAAACUAGUUGACGUAUACGAAAUAACUCGUAUCCAGUCUUUCCUAGCUACACAGCUAUUUAUUACAAUUAAAUAAGGAAGUGACAUAUUACAAAUGUUUGCUAACGAAAAAUCCCUUGUACCAAAAUACUGAUUAAAGUGACUUCCGCUUUUUACUUGAUAAGGCUGUAAUAACUGUUUUGAAUCACCUUUGAUGGAGUACAGUAGAUUUAUCUGGAUACUACGUUUGUUUUCGAUGUUUUUACCAAACUGUUUUAGAGCAGAGGCUAACGCUGUGCAAGGAUAUCUUGGAUGUUUCGAGGACUCAAGUGACAGACUGCUGGAAAAACGUCUAGAAAAUUCCAAUUCGAAUGCCGGCGAAGAGUGCAAACAAAGAUGUGAGAGAGCCGGUUUUAGAUAUGCGGGAACUGAGUGUCUACUACAAGGACACAGCAUAUGACUUCAGCAAGUUCAACCAGUAAGGUAACAACAACAGCAACACACAAUGUGGCUACGACACAUAAGGUAUCUGCUGCUACAAAAACAACAAAAACAACAACAACAACAACAACAACAAAACUGACAACGACGAUGCAAGUAACGACAACAGUACUAAUAACUGAAACAGAAUCGAUCUAUGGAAUAUCUAAACAAGAAGGUGGAAGUGACGACAGUUCGCACGGCACAGUCUAUAUUUGCGUUUCGGUUGUUGCUAUCUUAACACUUAUCGCUAUCGUCACUAUAGUUUGCUGGUAUAAAAGGAGGAGAAGUCACCGUGGAGAUAACAUUUCAGUGAGUUGUGAAGAUGUGCAAAUAGCUGAUACUGCAGAAACACAAAUUUAUGAAAACCAGCAAACUUCAAGAUAUGUUGAAUGGUUUGAACCAGGAAAACAGGCGGACUCAGAUAUCACUGAUUACAUUUAUGAAAAUCAGACAGUAGCAAAACGACAUGAUCACAAUAAACAAACAUCAGCAAAAUUUAUGAACAAUAUUGUAGAAGACAAUAUAUAUGAAAAUCAAAUAGAUUCUGAUCCAGUCACAGAACUUGGUAAUUUUAAAGAACAACCUGAAAAUAAUUACGAAGUACUACAAACUGAAGAGAGACUGGCUGACGAGUAUCUCACUAUUGAUAAUGUAAAUCAAAGUCAGUAUUAACCCUUAGCAUGCUGGACACGAUUGAUUCUUCCUUUGCGGCCAGUGUAGAUCAUGAUGAGCAGUCGCACUUUUAGCCAUUCUGUCGGUAUCUUUUGGUGUGCACUACUUUUAACAAUUAAUGGUACUAUCCAAACUGUAAGAUGGAUAAGGUCAUUAUAGAAAUUUAGCUGGGUAAGUGUUAAUAAAACCGUUCUUUAAAUGGUUUAAAUGUUCAUUAACAGUGAAAAUUACCAUUUGUUUUUACAUUUUACAUAAAUAGAUAUCACACUGUAAUAUAGUUUUAAAUUGCACAAAUAUGUACUAUGGACAAGAUCACUCAUAAACUGAGCUUGGUUUUGAACAGGUCAAGUAUAAUUACAUUGUGUGUUAUAUAUUGUGGCUUGUUUCUGCCACGAGGUAGCGAGGAAGCUGUCACGAUGAUAUUGUAAAUUUUCCAACCAAUGUGUUCAUUUUUCUGUAAACGUUUCAGCCAAAAACAAUUUUCUAGAUAUUCUAUUUAUUUCCUGAAAAUAUCUAGCGUAGAAGUACACGUUAGUGCUUGAAACUGCCACGAGAUACUUGAUAGCUACCAGGAAAAUAUUCUAAACUUUCCAGCAAAGUUGUGAAAUUUCUGAAAACGGUAUCGCAAAAAUAUAGUUUUUUGCGGCGGGGCGCUUGCGGCCUCUGCCGCGUAGUUAACAUUCGCAGUUUCAAGGUGUGUUCUCACGCGGAAGAUCGAAAAUUGGAGACAAUCCGAAUAACACAUCAAAUUGAAGCGUCAUAAUACUUGUAAAACAAAUAGUUUAAUGAGAAGAAGGGUUAGUGUUAACUGCUUGAUGAUUUUUAAAGUAUUUAUAUCUUGUAAGGUAAACCUGUUUUAUACAGUAAUAAACCCGUCAAACCAGUUCAAGAACAGAACUAUUUGACUUCGCGGAAUGACAUUGGACAAAACCAAACAACACACUGUGACAACAUAGUCCACAUAUUCAUUGUUAUUACACGUAAAUAUGCAUUUGAUGAAGUUUGUAUAUUAUCCCACCUUCUUGCAUUUACUAAGAAUAAAAAGCAAAAUCUAGGCGAAUGAUAUUUUUUGUUUUAAUAGGUAAUACCGGACUUCUUUAAUUAUUGUUGUUUAUGACGCCAUCUUGUGUUUAGGAUAGACUAUUCCAAG